GCUUUUUCUUUCGUGUGUUGAGAGAAAGAGAUAGAAAGAGAGAUGGGGUUAUUGUCACUAAUCACAGGGAUGGCAGGGCCAAGUGGGUUUGGAUCUGCUUCAACAGCUGAAGAGGUUACUCAAGGGAUUGAUGCCUCCAAUCUCACUGCCAUUGUUACAGGUGGAGCAAGUGGAAUUGGCGCGGAGACAGUGAGGGUGUUGGCACUUCGUGGGGCCCAUGUGAUCAUGGCAGCAAGGAACAUUGAGGCUGCAAAUGAGAUGAAACAGCAGAUCAUCAAGGACAAUGGAGCAGCCCGUUUGGAUGUUCUGAAACUUGACCUCUGCUCUUUGAAGUCAGUCAGGGCAUUCGUGGAUGAUUUUAAUACCAUGGAUCUUCCCCUCAACAUCUUAAUAAACAAUGCUGGUGUCAUGUUCUGUCCUUACGAACUCUCCAAAGAUGGAAUAGAAAUGCAAUUCGCAACGAAUCAUCUCGGUCAUUUUCACUUGACAAACCUUCUCCUUGAGAAAAUGAAGAACACAGCUAGAUCCACUGGGACUGAGGGACGAAUCGUGAACCUGUCAUCCAUUGCGCAUAUUCACACGUACAAUCAAGGGAUACGAUUUGAUAAUAUCAACGAUCAGUCUGGAUAUUCGGACAAAAGGGCAUAUGGGCAAUCUAAACUAGCAAACAUAUUACAUGCCAAUGAAUUAUCUCGACGUUUACGGGCAGAAGGCGCAAAUGUCACUGCAAAUUCUGUUCAUCCUGGAUUAAUAAUGACGAACCUCAUGAGACAUUCCGCCCUUCUAAUGAAUGUGUUGAAAGUAUUCACAAUUUUCUUAUGGAAGAGUGUGCCACAGGGAGCAGCUACGACAUGCUAUGUCGCACUACAUCCAAGCCUGAAGAACGUGAGCGGUAAGUACUUCCUCGACUGCAACCAGAUGGCUCCGAGCAAAUUGGCCAAAGAUGAAGCAUUGGCAAAGAAGCUGUGGGAUUUCAGUAACAAGCUGAUCAGCUCGGCACAACAGCCCUGAAGUAAGAUUAUUGCCUUGAUAGGAUUAUACUAGUAGCCUUAUGUUUUCCACAUCUCUGAUGAUAGAGAGAAAAGAAAACAGAAUUCUGCUAUUGAAUUUCAGUUUCUACAGUAAGGAUGUUGCAAUUACAGUGUUUAUGUAUGCUACAUUUCUAUCCAAGUUUAAGCACGAAAUGUCACUCUCGUCUUUACGAACAGCCUCGAAAUUGUAUGAUUUACGAUUUGAAUCUUACGGCUCGGUAUGAAUUAUAUCUGAGAGAAAUCUUACAUGAA